CAAGUGGGAACAGGUCAAGCACCGGCCUUUGUACUUACUAUUCUGCAUCUAGAUUCUCCGAAUGAUCUACCACAGUACGCUACUCGGAGCACUAGCUACUUUGGCCAUCGCCGUCGAGCCGACUGCAUUGUACAACGGAGGCUGCAAUUCUGCUACCGAUGUGAAGCUUCGCAUUUGGAAUGGCGGUGCUGGGCAAAGUGGAUUUAUUGAGGCUCUUGCAGAUGAUUUCAUCAAGGCGAGCGUGGAAACCGGUUCUGCACCAUUCAAGUCCAUAUAUCACCUGAAGGACGACACUGUGGACAUGGGCAUUACCCACAAUCCCGCCGCCCAGUUGUUUGCCAUCCGACAGAGCGUGGCCAAGGGCCCUGCCUGGUACGCCUGGCGCGACCACUUUCUGCUGGUUGGCCCUCACUCCAACCCAGUUCGACUGAACAAGACCGACGACAUCUUGACCAUGUUCUCCAGCCUCUACACCGCGGCCAAGAACGGCGGCGCCCCUGUUCGUACCAGGUUCCUCUCACGGUAUGACAAGUCCGCCACCAACAUCAAGGAAUCCGACCUCUGGAUUGGCAUUGGACAGGUUCCAUGGACGACGACAUACUCCACGUGGUACCGUCAGUACAUCGCUUGUUUUGUUCAGGCGCUGACCGCCGCCAACCUUCUGGAGGAGUACACCGUAACGGAUCGCGGCACCUAUCUCAUAAUCUCAGAGGAUCUGCAUCGCCAGACGGCCAUCUAUAAGGCGGGUACCGACAGUUCCGGUGACCCUUUGCCAACCCUGCCCACAUCUCGUUGA